AUGAGGUGCCGUUUACUUCGAGAUUUAAGGAAUCGUCAAGCAGUUGCCAACAGUGAGAUCACUCGGCAAGCUUUUAAAUAUAUUACUCGCAAUGAAACUUUACCGGCUCGUGUCCGUCAUCAAGCUCAACUUCAAUUGAACGCUAUGCCCAAAAACACUUCCCCUGUACAUGUUCAUAACCGUUGUGUGGCCACCGGUCAUGGAAGUGGUAUCAUUCGUGAUUUCAGACUUUGUCGAAUUCAAUUUCGUCUGAAGGCUCUGAACGGUGAACUUCCGGGCGUCAAAAAGGCAUCGUGGUAA